GAAGUGAGAAGAUAAGAUAACAUCCAAAUAUAUGAGAAAGUUUAGUACAAAUUCCUUGGUUUUAUCUUUAUGGCUCCACUUCCAAACCCACACCGAUCACCAAAGCAAUUCUCUUCAACCUUUCUCCUUAUAAUCUCUCCCAUAAUCUGUGCCUAAAUUUGGGAGAAUCAAUUCAUAACUAUACUAGUAGAAUCAAUUCUCUACUUCCUCCAAAAAUGGCCGAUUCUGCUCAAACUUCAGUGCCUCAGGAAAGGAAGGUCAUUGUGAAUGACAAGUCUGGUGGAAAGCUUGUGGGAAUCCUACAUGAAGCUGGAUCUGUGGACAUUGUUGUCCUCUGUCAUGGAUUUAUGUCAUCAAAGGAUGAUGAAGUUGUGGUGAAUCUUGCUGAAGCAUUGAACAGAGAAGGAAUCAGUUCCUUUCGGUUCGACUUUUCUGGCAAUGGAGAAAGCGAUGGUUCGUUUCAACUUGGUAAUUAUGGGAGCGAGGUCGAUGAUCUACAUGCAGUUGUCCAAUAUUUCAAUGUAAUAGGUCGUGCAGUACGCUCAAUCAUUGGCCAUAGCAAAGGUGGUGAUGUCGUGCUUUUAUAUGCUUCCAAGUAUAAGAAUGUUAACAUCGUUAUCAACGUUUGCGGACGUUAUGAUAUGACGAAAGGCAUUGAGAAAAGCUUGGGGGAAAAUUACCAGGAAGAGAUGGACAAGAAAGGUUUUGUUGAUAUCAAAAAUCCAACAGUCAGUUAUCAAGUGACAGCGGAAAGUUUGAUGGAGCGUCUAAAUACCGAUAUGCAUCAGUGUCUUCGCAUCGAUAAAGAAUGCAGGGUGUUGACAGUCCACGGAACUGACGAUGAAAUAAUCCCUGUCGAAGACGCUCUCGAGUUUGACAAAAUCAUUCCUAAUCACACAAUAUACAUUUUAGAAGGAGCUGACCAUAACUACGCCAGAAAGUCGCAUCAAGCGGAGUUAGCCACAGUAGUUUUGGAGUUCAUCAAAACAUCUCUGCAGCAGGAAGAUGCUGCACUAGAAGACGAUAACCUCUAUUUUCCUUCUGCACACAUGUGAAGAAGAUCAUAUUCAAGAUUUUCG